AUGUGGGGGAUGAGGAGUGGAGGUGGGGGGGUGGCCGCAGCGUCCCCUCUUACUCACCCCCACAUCCCCACCCCCAAUCAACCAACCCCCUGUAACCUCACCCCCCAUUUCAACCGCCCCCUGGAACCGCACUCCCUCCCCCCUUUUCUUCCUCCAGACCCCUCCCCACCCACGAUGGUCCCUGUCCAAUUCUUCACAGGUGGGGCUGCUGGUCACAGGUGGGGCUGCUGGUCACAGGUGGGGCUGCUGGUCACAGGUGGGGCUGCUGGUCACAGGUGGGGCUGCUGGUCACAGGUGGGGCUGCUGGUCACAGGUGGGGCUGCUGGUCACAGGUGGGGCUGCUGGUCACAGGUGGGGCUGCUGGUCACAGGUGUGGCUCCUGGUCACGGGUGGGGCUGCUGGUCACAGGUGGGGCUGCUGGUCACAGGUGGGGCUGCUGGUCACAGGUGGGGCUGCUGGUCACAGGUGGGGCUGCUGGUCACAGGUGGGGCUGCUGGUCACAGGUGUGGCUACUGGUCACGGGUGGGGCUGCUGGUCACAGGUGGGGCUGCUGGUCACAGGUGGGGCUGCUGGUCACAGGUGGGGCUGCUGGUCACGGGUGGGGCUGCUGGUCACAGGUGGGGCUGCUGGUCACAGGUGGGGCUACUGGUCACGGGUGGGGCUGCUGGUCACAGGUGGGGCUGCUGGUCACAGGUGGGGCUGCUGGUCACAGGUGGGGCUGCUGGUCACAGGUGGGGCUGCUGGUCACAGGUGGGGCUACUAGUCACAGGUGGGGCUGCUGGUCACAGGUGGGGCUGCUGGUCACAGGUGGGGCUACUGGUCACAGGUGGGGCUGCUGGUCACAGGUGGGGCUACUGGUCACGGGUGGGGUGGCUGGUCACAGGUGCCUGGUGCCUGGUGCUGGCGGCUGGCGCCGGUGUUGGUGCUGGUGCCUGGUGCUGGCGGCUGGCGCUGGUGCUGGUGCUGGUGCUGGCGCUGGUGCCUGGUGCUGGCGGCUGGCGCUGGUGCCUGGUGCUGGCGGCUGGCGCUGGUGCUGGUGCCUGGUGCUGGCGGCUGGCGCUGGUGCUGGUGCCUGGUGCUGGCGGCUGGCGCUGGCGCUGGUGCCUGGUGCUGGCGGCUGGCGCUGGUGCUGGUGCCUGGUGCUGGCGGCUGGCGCUGGUGCGUGGUGCUGGCGGCUGGCACUGGUGCUGGUGCCUGACGGCUGGCGCUGGUCCUGGUGGCUGGUGCUGGCGUAACGGCGCUGGUGCCGGUACUGGUGCUGGUGACAGGCUUCGGUGCUGGUGCUGGUUCCUAGUGCUGGUGGCUGGCGGUGGUGCUGGUGCCUGGUGCUGGCGCUGGUGCCUGGUGCUGGCGGCUGGCGCUGGUGCUGGUGACUGGUGCUGGCGGCUGGCGCUGGUGCUGGUGCCUGGUGCUGGCGGCUGGCGCUGGUGCUGGUGCCUGGUGCUGGUGCCUGGUGCUGGCGGCUGGCGCUGGUGCUGGUGCCUGGUGCUGGCGGCUGGCGCCGGUGCUGGUGCUGGUGCCUGGUGCUUGCGGCUGGCGCCGGUGCUGGUGCCUGGUGCUGGUGCUGGUGUUCCGCCACCACUCCCUUCCCCCUUUUCCUCUCUCUCCCACAGCAUUCCGCCGCCACUCCCUUCCCCCUUUCCCUCUCCCCCCACAGCGUUCCACCGCCAAUCCCUUCCCCUCCUCCCUCUCCCACCCACAGCGACCGCCGCUGCACAUUCGAACAGUCGCGACGGGGGGGGGUGA